GAAGCUUCUGGGCGGAGAAUGAGAAGAGCAAAACGGCAGAGCGGAGCAGUCAUUCAGGGUUAAUAAUAUUCCGCCGUGGGGGGGAGCGGGGGAGGAUACACACAUACAUACACACACUGCCAACCCGGCGACGAGGUUGGGCCUGCGGUGCCUGCCUGCAACCCAGGAAACAUGGAGCUCGAGAAUAUCGUGGCCAACACUGUUUUGUUAAAGGCGAGAGAAGGAGGUGGCGGGAACAGGAAAGGCAAGAGCAAGAAAUGGAAACAGAUGCUUCAGUUCCCUCAUAUAAGCCUUUGCGAGGAGUUACGUCAAACCCUAGAAAAAGACUACAACAGCCUUUGUGAGAGGCAGCCAAUCGGACGCUUGCUCUUCCGACAGUUCUGCGACACCAGGCCGGAGUUGAGACGCUGUGUGAGAUUCUUGGAUGCUGUGGCGGAGUAUGAAGUAACGCCAGAUGAGAAGAGGAAGGAAUGCGGGCAGGAACUCUUAGACAAGUACCUCAGUCCAAAGUCAGAAGACUAUAUCCCUGAGGUAACAGAGGAGAUGGUCACUAAGUGUGCCGAGCGCUUACAGCAGGAGGCAUGUAAAGAGCUCUUUAUGGAGUGCACCAAAUUGAUUCAUGACUACCUGAGUGUGGCUCCCUUUGCAGACUGCCUCGAUAGUAUGUACUACAGUCGCUUCUUACAGUGGAAAUGGCUGGAGAGACAGCCAGUCACAAAAAACACAUUCCGUCAGUACAGAGUGUUGGGAAAGGGUGGAUUUGGCGAGGUCUGUGCAUGUCAGGUCCGGGCCACGGGGAAGAUGUACGCCUGCAAAAAGCUGGAGAAGAAACGCAUCAAAAAGAGGAAAGGAGAGUCCAUGGCCCUGAACGAAAAGCAGAUCCUGGAGAAAGUGAACAGUCGGUUUGUUGUGAGUCUUGCGUACGCGUACGAGACGAAAGACGCCCUGUGUUUAGUGCUCACGUUGAUGAACGGAGGUGAUCUGAAGUUUCACAUCUAUCACAUGGGAGAGGCUGGUUUCGAUGAGAAGAGAGCCGUGUUCUACGCUGCAGAGAUCGGCUGCGGUUUAGAAGAUCUCCAUAGAGAGAGAACAGUGUACAGGGAUUUGAAACCGGAAAACAUAUUAUUGGAUGAUCAUGGUCAUAUACGUAUAUCAGACCUGGGCUUGGCCGUGCAUGUACCUGAAGGUCAGACAAUCAAAGGUCGGGUUGGCACUGUGGGUUAUAUGGCCCCUGAGGUGGUGAAGAACGAUCGCUACACGUUCAGUCCAGACUGGUGGGCUCUCGGCUGUCUCCUGUACGAGAUGAUCGAGGGUCAGUCGCCCUUUCAGCAGCGCAAGAAGAAAAUCAAGCGCGAGGAGGUGGAGCGACUGGUCCAAGAGGUGGAGGAAGAAUAUUCCAGCAAGUUCUCAGAAGAUGCCAAGUCGCUCUGUAAAAUGCUGCUAGCCAAAGACCCUAGCGAGAGGCUUGGCUGUCAAGGAGGCGGAGCCUCAGAGGUUAAAGCCCACCCUAUUUUCCGUUCCAUUAACUUCAAGCGUCUUGAAGCAGGCAUGCUCGAGGCUCCCUUUAUUCCUGAUCCUCAGGCCAUCUACUGUAAGGAUGUGCUGGACAUCGAGCAGUUCUCUACAGUUAAAGGAGUGGAGCUGGAGCCCAAAGACGACUCCUUUUACAGCAAAGUGUCUACUGGAAGUGUUUCCAUCCCCUGGCAAAAUGAGAUGAUAGAGACGGAGUGCUUUAAAGAGCUCAACGUGUUAAACUUAGAGGGCACUGUGCCCCCCGACCUAGACUGGAGAGGUCAACCCUCACCCCCACCCAAACAGGGCUUACUGCAGAGACUCUUCGGAAGACAGGAGUGCUGUGGAAACUGCAGCGACAGUGAGGAGGAGCCUACGCGGCUGUGAAGGCUUGGCCUGCCUGGGGCUCCUCCCCCACACCGCUGAGGAUCUCAUUUGUUUACAGUUUUUGCACAUUUGUAUUUUUACGAUAGCGCUAUAUAAAUAUCGGAAUGUAUAUUUUCACUAUAUAGCCAUGCAGUGGAUCUUAUUUAAAAUCAUCCAAAUGAAAAGGACAGAAUGGGUCACAUCACCUGUGAAGUGUGGUGAGGAAACAUCAUUUAACACAAAUCUCAAAGCCGAUCGACCCAACCUAUACUGGACAUGUCACCAGAACACGUGUAUCACAGCCUCUUCGCGCUUUCAUUUUCUUUUUCUGUUCUCGUGCUAAUUCACACACAUGUACAGUAUGCACUCUGAAUAUUUGUUUUAGACGUGGGACGCAAAGGAAAUUUGCCUUUGCAAAUAUUUUUAUAUUUAUAUUUUGAAUUUUAUUUUCGUACGGUAAUAUCGACAAUCAAAUGACACCAUUUGUGUUAAACAGCGAAACGUGCAUUAACGGAUUAUAAACAAAUCAGGAAGUGACUGAAUAACAGAGGGAUAUUUUGACAUCAUCAAUUCUCACGUAAGGUGAGUUAGCUAGAGAGACCUAGUAAACCAAAUCGACGUGACUAAAGUGCAUAUGUGUACAAAUAACAACUGCGGACGGACUUGUUGUAAAUAUGCGAUCUGUAAAGUCUUCAGCGCGUCUUCCUGCGAAUCCUCCCUGGAUAAAUGGGGAAAAAACAUCCUGGUUGUUGUUCUGUUUUACAUACCGAAUCAAACCAUGAGGCAUUAUUUUCCAUUUAGAUUUCGCAGCAUUGUUCUUUAUAGAUUUGUACUGUUGUGUGACAUUGUCGGAUAGAACUAAAAGACUUCAAUACACAACACAAUCAGCAGGUAAUCGUUGCUUUAAUGUUGAACGUGCUAAAAACAAUGUCAUUUCAUUUUUAAUAGUUAAUAUAAGUGCUGCAUAGAAUUUAUUUGCUGCUUUUUUACGUGUAGGUCAAACAAAAUAUUUUGCCAAAAGUUUUUUGUUUUGCUUUGUUUCUACGUUUUGUUUUAUAUUGUUGUGCUUUGUUUCCGCGUUUUGGUUUAUCUUUUUGUGCUGUUUCUGCGUUUUGUUUUGAUUCUGCAUUUUAUUUAUCCCCUGCACUCACAAUAAGCUCUUUUUAUUUGCUCUGAACUAUGAUGGCUUGGGAACUUUCCUCUACAUUUGACCUCUUAUUGCACUUAAGACCAAACUGGGUAUUUUUUGUCUUUCGUUUUCACGGAAGGUGCCUUUAGAGUUUUCAAGGUACUUUUUAAUUUUGUGGGUUUUUUUAAUAAAUGUUUGAGUCGGCUUACCAUCCAGUCUGCAUACUUUGUUUUGUUCCUCGUUGUUGUUGUUUUACCUCAAACGUGUGCCCUGUGGAUGUCCAGUCUUUAUCCAGAACUCUUGUGAAUUCUUACAUUGAACAUUUGGACGUCAACCCACGGGACGCCGUGGAACUUUGUAUUUAAGCCAUGCUGAAUGCGCACCGUCGACGGCACACAAACUCUAGGCUCUGUGGUCAAGCGUAACGCUUCCGAAGAAAUCCAUGGACGUACCGUCACCUGUUGACACAUUUUCUCAUCCACUUGCAGUUUACGUUAUUCUCUCAGACAGACUCAGAUACAUUCCAGUCUCUACCGUAGUGUACAGUUGUAAGAUGUAUUGAUUUGUUUUGUUGGUUUGUUAAUUUAGCAAUAAUUGAUUUUUUAUAACUACUAUAUAAAUGUGUACAAAAUGACAACAUUUCAAGACGGAACUCAGUUUGUUUUCCUGAGCCAGGCUUUCAACACUGUGAAGUGAUCAUUUCUGUCACAGUUGUACAUUAUGUUUCCUUUUGUGCAAUGCACUGAUGUUUUUUUCGUCGUGUUUGCGAUCGUAUAACUGCGUAUGUGUGUGUACCUAAAUGCUAUAUGUUUGAGCGUGUGCGCAUGCACUGCAUAUGCCCAUAUUCUUUAUCUUAACCACUAGUGGAGGCCAUCAUUUCGUAAUGAGCGAAAUGUUACGUUCUAGUGUUUCUUUUAUAAGACGAAAGGUAGACAACUUCAGGGUCACUGAUAAUGAUAAUAAUGUUAUAGAAUAUGAAUUUUGCGGAUCAUUUCAAUAUCAUAGAUCUCAUUAAGGAGGAGGUGAAGUUAAACUCAAAAGUUCAUGCAAUGAGAAUCAUGGCAAUGCUUUAGUGUCAAAAACAAAUCUGCACAUUUGUCAGUGUUAUUCGAACAAAUUCAUUUGCGAUUCAAAGGUACAAUAAAACUCAUAAUGCCAUACAGUUUUAAAGGGUAUUAAUACCAUUUUACACCAAAAAUGAGUUUAUUUAUAUCUUAUCUUACAUGCCUCAAAGUGUAUGUUGCCAUUUAUUAUACAUUACCUUAAUGGUAGAGAUAAAAUAUUAACUAUGAAAAUCAAUCAGAAACAUGUCAUGGGGUUGAAUAUGACAGUAGUUGUGUAUAAUGUGCUAAUACGAGUAAAGGAUGCAUUCAAAAAGCAGUUUGUUUGUUAUUCAACGCAGUCAGUUAAAAAUGUGUUGUUAAAUUUGUCAUGUGCCAUUGUUUAAUAGUUAUAACUUAAUAUCAAAAUAAUGUCAGAAUUUAAGUUGUUCUGUUGAUCAUUUUAAUUCUGAAGAAUUUAUAACAUAUCUUUAUUUUUUUUAAGUAUGUAAACAAAACCCUUUCAUUUAAGGCCAAAAGAAUGUGUGUGUUUUUGCAGUGCAAACGUGUACUAUCUGUUUCUCCCUGUUCUCGAAGGCUUAUUUGUAUGUGAUACAAACAAAUGGUUCCUGGAUUGCACAUUGAAUACUAAUUUUUGCUAAACUCAGUAGGUAAUUCUCACUCAGGUUACUGCCGUCAUUCUAUGUUAUUAUUUGCUUAAUAUAUGUACAUGGCCUUACUGAUGAAAUAAUGUGUAAAGUUAAUUUCUUAUAUUUGUCCAUUUUAAAAUUGUACAAAUGAUACGCCACUGGCGGGAAACACUGUUUAUAGACUUGUGUGUACAAUUAUGUUAAUGAUGAUGAAAAUGGCAGUAAAUGAAUUUGUUUGGUAAAUGUUUUUCUUGUCCAAGCACUGAUUCUCUUUUUCGCUUUGUUUAGUUUUCCUUCCGCUGUGAAGUCUGUACAUUGCAGGUCCUCUGUGUGCCACAAACGGCAUUUUGUUUCUUUUUUUUUCUGCAUUGAUAUUUAACUUCAAUAAAUUUUUAUUUGGUUAACU